GGCAAUUACAAUGAUAGUGGUAAAUGGUAACUCUUUGUCGGAGCCCGAGCGUGCCGAGCAGGCUGCUUUGCGCGAGUAUUACGACCAAAAUGAUUACUUGCUCUCGGCGGAAGGCGUCUUGAAGAUGGUUUCAGUGAUCGCGUGCAUAGUAGUCUCCGUGUUCUACCUGUCGGCGGAGGCGUCGCAAUGCAGCGGCGCGCCGGCGCUGGCGUCCGGCGCGGGCGUCGUGGCGCUGGUGGCGGCCGGCGUCGCCGCGCUGUUAUACGCAGGCACCGCGCUGCAGCUGCCGCUAUACGCACCGCAGGUUUGGUUGUUUGCGGAUAUAAUAAUAUCCACAGUGCUGGGCGUCCUUCUCCUGGUUAUGGCUAUUUUGAGCUUGGUUUUCUGCGAAAGCACGAACUUCCUUGGGUUUUUACGCGCACCCCUGGGCAUGGUGGCGGCGGGGCUGGCGGUGGGCAGCGCGGGCGUGACGUUCGCGGGGGUGACCCGCCGGUGGGACGCCGCGUCCGCCCGCGAGCCCCGGAGGCCCGCGCCCGUCGAACAGGAGGCCUAAUUCAGCAGUUAUUUUUCGUUCGGGCAGUAUAUUAUCGUUCCAUUUCAAUUGGGGAAUACCUUGCUUGUAUUGGAUAAGAACCUCUAUAAGUACUUAAUUGGUCCAGCUUAAAUGUACAGAGUUAGAUUUAAGAACUAGUACAAUAUAGAUGCAUUUGUAAAAUUUGUAUAAGAAAUUUUUGUUGUUGUACUAUCUCUAUACAUAUACCUGAUUGUAUCUACAUUUAUAAAAAAAAUAAAGUGAUUCUUUGACU